UUAGCUAGCAUUAGCAGUGCAGUUGUCCGCCGGCAGGAGAACGUCGCAUCAUCAGCAUCACCGAUUCUCAAUGACAAAACAUUACCCGAACCAUUUCGUUUCCCUCGCAAGGUUACGAACAGCAACCUCUUUGACAGAAGAUAAAUGAAUCGCUGCUCCUUGGACAACAACAAUUUUCCCUAUGACAACAAUGUCCUGGUUCUGGACAUGGUGCUGGGCUCCCUUUGGGGACUGACCCAGCCCAUAGACUGGGACAGUGUGGCCAAGCUAGUUCCGGGCUUCACUCCCAAGGAGUGUGCUGUUCGCUUUGAGGAACUGAAAAGCUCUGGAGGUCUUCCUCAUCUGGACAACCAGUGUAACUCCGUGACAGCUGAAGAGCCUAACAAUGGACUGACUACCAUGCUGGAAACCGGCCGUAAACCGUCACCUUCAGAAAGUGUUUGUGCUUUGGAGAAGAAAGAAAAAAGAGAUCUUAACAUGGUCAUUCACGUGUGUGACGAGGCCAAGAACUUGAAGCAGGACUUCACAUGUCCCAGAGACCUUCUCGUCAAAGAGAUGCGCUACUUCGCUGAGUAUUUGUCUGUGGACUCGCAGAGAUGGGAGGAAGUGGACAUCUCAGUUCAUUGCGAUGUUCAAAUCUUCGACUGGCUCAUGAACUAUGUCAGGAGGAACUCAUCUAAGGACAAACCUCGGCUCGAGCCCAGCAAUGUGAUCUCAAUCCUGAUCUCCUCCGAGUUCUUGAAGAUGGACAUGUUAGUGGAGGAGUGUAUCCAGUACUGUCACAAACACAUGAGUGCCAUCGUGGCCACACCCUGCAACAUGAACUGCAUCAACAGUAACUUGGCCUCACGGAUUGCCAAGCUCUUCAACCACAAUGAGGCAGACGACAUCAGGGACAAAAAAGACAAGUUCAAGAGCAAACUGUUUCAGAAGAAGAUUGAAAGUCUCUUUGACCCAAACUACCAGAACCGAGAUUCACCAGGAAACGCCUCAACUCUUUACAGGUGUGGUCUGUGUUUGAAAAUGCUGACUGAAGAUACACAGAGGAAGAUUUCUUGUUUGUCGGGAAAAAUCAACAUUGACUAUCACGGAGAGAUUGUCUACACCCACUCAAGGCAGAAGAACUGGGAUGCCAAUGAAUACAUCAGCAGUCUCUAUGAGGAGCUCAAAUCCUGGGUCCUGGUCUACUGGAGAAUCUGGGGAACCAUCAACUGUCUUACUUGCUCCCGUUGCCAACAGGAGUUUGUUUGUGCAGAGCUGACCCACUGCCAGUACCACCCAGAAAGUGUGAUGUACCCCUGCACGGGUUCUGACAAAAGCUGGAAUGGAGCAGGAAUCUAUCCGUGUUGCAACCAGACGGUACUCCGCUUUGACCCCACUGGUAUGAUAAAGGGUUGUAAGAUGCGAGAUCACAUCGUGAACGUACCAAAUGAAGAGAACUGCGACGAGGUCUCUUCCGCCCACACCAGAGUCCUCAAUGAUCUGCUGCUGCACCGCGACGCAGUGUGUGCGCCUAUAUCACUGCCUGCUGAUGGAUCUGAAGAGUGCCCAAACAGUGCAGAGAAGGACUGUGACGUCUUCUUGGAGCCAACACUCCUUGGACCCCCUAGAGCAGAAGGCAACACUUUUUCUCUUUUGAAAAACUGGAGUCUUCAACUGAGGCAGCAGUCUCAACUGUCAGAAGACGAGGAGUAUACUACAGGGUCAGAAGUCACUGAGGAUGAGGUGGGGGAUGAAGAGGAGUUGUCCAAAAAACAAGCUGCCAAGAAAGCCAAAAAGAACAACAGAGCUUUGAAAAAACAAAUGUCCUCUCCUAACCUCCACAGAAAAGUCAAACCAGAAAAACAGCUGUGCAAGGACAACACUCCUUUCACAGUGAGUGUUCAGAAAAGUAAGUGGGACAGUUCUCGCUCCCUGCGGUACAACCAGGAUGCUCAGAGGGAGGAAGACCAGCGCCGUAUGGCCGAGAUCGUCAGCUACCUCACCAACAUGCGCUUUGGUGGCCAGGAGCUGAACAAGGCCAAGGACACUAAAGAGCAGGCGGAAUCUACUCCCGACUGGAAGUGCAGUUCAAGAGCACCUCUCAGAGCAGACAAAGUUUGGAGAAGACACCAAGACCUAAAAUACGCUACGCUCAGAUCCGGACCACUUAGAGCAGCAGGACUAUGGACAUUGAUGAAGAAGAUUGACCUGAGCUUUGUCCAGUCAUCUAAAAAGGUUCUCCCCUCCACUCACCCUGCUCCAGCCAGUCAUCGCCUCUGCUACACUAAGGUGGUCGUGUCGUGUUUGUGCAGCUGUGCUCUGUCCUUGAAAAACAAGGAACUCCACGGACUUCACUAAACUGCUUGAUCGUUCUCUUUGACUGCUGGAGCGCCUUCUCAGGUGGAUCUGGACCAUUUAUUUUUGUACCGCAAUAAGUGGGAGGCAGGCAUCUAGAAGGAUAGCGUGACUUUUAGUAGUUGUGGAGCGUUUAGACGUACAUAUAAACACAUUAGUCCAUUCACUGGCCAUUAACAUCUACUCCUGUUGGGGUGUUGAUUAUUGAAGAAUGGUGUCUGAGGUCAAACUAGUUUCUGUGCUACAAGGAGCUGCGCUGCAACUUAAGUUGAAUCUGAGGAAGAAAACACAUUUUCAAUAAUUUAUUUAAUUAAUCUUUUUUCUUAAAUGCAACUCCUUCCAUGUCAAACACGGAAAUUCAGUCAAAUGUCCACAAUGUUGGCAAGUGUAGUCAUCAAUAUUAUCUUUUUGUCCGCUAGAGGGCAGUAAUAUGCCAUUUCUCGGUCAAAACAUCCAGUUUUGACUUCCAAUUUGUAACUGCUUUCUUCACUUGGCAGCCGUAGGACGUGUGUGUGCCCUCUGACCCCUAAUUAAAUAUGCAUCAUUUUAGCUAUAGAUAUGCACAUGUACAAAUAUCAACAUGAUUAACAGUGUAUUUAAAUAAAUUAAAUGAUUGAAGCAAAGACAAUGUUGUAAAAUUCUCAAUUUUAAUCAGUUCAAAAAGUUCACAAAAAUUGUAACACCUUGAGAAGUGAGACUGGGUACUUGUAUACAUUCUGUAGCCUAAUUAAAGUACUCUAAGAUGGAUUUGCUGUAUGGUUUUAUUUGCUCAGAACUCAAAACAUAGGAAUGAAAAAUACAAAAUUGAAUGUAAACCCGGUUUGUUUUGUUUGCCAUUUGUUAAGUAGGAAUAGUGUCCUGUCCUGUAUGGAAGUUCAACAUGUUGAAAGCCAUCUGAGGCGUUAGAAAGAUGCAACCAAAAAGCCAUAAAUACUUCCGACAACCUCCUUUCAAUGUCCCAUUAAUGGAGGCUCACAAGUGAGCAACAAUCCUCUUAGAGGAAAACAAAAGCCUGAUGUCGACUAUGCGACAGUAUACACACGCACGCACACACGCACACACCAAAGAAACAAUAGAAUAAGAGGAAAAAAUGUUCCCAUGGUAUUAAAGAUGCUAUACAAUUGGGAUGAUAUGCACAAGUUUACUUUCCUUACAAAAAGUGUUGAAACUUACUCAGGUUACACACAAACCAUGAAAAAACACUGACUCAUCAACUUAGCAUUUCCCCAAACCUUCAUUCAAUAGCCGUUAGAUUCACA